AUCUCAGCCUCCCAAAGUGCUGGGAUUAUAGGCAUGAGCCACCAUGCCCUGCCCUAAAUAAAUUUUUUAAAACCAAAUACUAAUAUGAGAGGUUUUUGAACUCUCAUAGAGUAGGACCCAUAGUGUGUCCUCAGGCCACCAGGCUAUUUCUAGGAUCCCUUAUAGGACCCUUCAGGGUCCUCUCUGACAGCUGUUCCUUCUUGGGUCCUGGCUGGAGAUCUCUGCUGCCCCCAGACUCAGAGGAGCCACUCCAGGACUCAGGGAGUGGCUGGCUUUGGGCCAGCCCAGCCUUGCAGAUCCAAGGCGGGUCCUCUAUCUCCACAAUCAAAUGGUGCUCUGCCUCCCGCCCUGUCUGGGGACCCUGCUCACCAGCCACAGGCGGUUUAGGCCAACCUCCCUGCCUCCUCCCCAGUGCAGACGCAGCCUAUAAAACCACCCUAUGUGUCCUUGUUGACCCUGGACACCCAGGCGACAAUGGCAGAACUGCCCUCCACAGAGACGCCUGGGGACGCUACUUUGUGUAGCGGGCGCUUCACCAUCAGCACGCUGCUGAGCAGUGAUGAGCAGUCUCCACCAGCUGCCUGUGACAGCAGCCACCCCAGCCACCUGACCCACGGCAGCACCUUCUGCAUGCGUACCUUCGGCUACAACACGAUCGAUGUGGUGCCCGCGUAUGAGCACUAUGCCAACAGCACCCAGCCUGGGGAGCCCCGGAAGGUCCGGCCCACACUGGCUGACCUGCACUCCUUCCUCAAGCAGGAAGGCAGACACCUGCACGCCCUGGCCUUUGACAGCCGGCCCAGCCACGAGAUGACUGAUGGGCUGGUGGAGGACGAGGCAGGCACCAGCAGCGAGAAGAACCCCGAGGAGCCCGUGCGCUUCGGCUGGGUCAAGGGGGUGAUGAUUCGUUGCAUGCUCAACAUUUGGGGCGUGAUCCUCUACCUGCGGCUGCCCUGGAUUACAGCCCAGGCAGGCAUUGUCCUGACCUGGAUCAUCAUCCUGCUGUCGGUCACAGUGACCUCCAUCACAGGCCUCUCCAUCUCGGCCAUCUCCACCAACGGCAAGGUCAAGUCAGGUGGCACCUACUUCCUCAUCUCCCGGAGUCUGGGCCCAGAGCUUGGGGGCUCCAUCGGCCUCAUUUUCGCUUUCGCCAAUGCUGUGGGUGUGGCCAUGCACACCGUGGGCUUUGCAGAGACUGUGCGGGACCUGCUCCAGGAGUAUGGGGCACCCAUUGUGGACCCCAUUAAUGACAUCCGCAUCAUCGGCGUGGUCUCUGUCACUGUGCUGCUGGCCAUCUCCCUGGCUGGCAUGGAGUGGGAGUCCAAGGCCCAGGUGCUGUUCUUCCUUGUCAUCAUGGUCUCCUUUGCCAACUACUUGGUAGGGACGCUGAUCCCCCCAUCUGAGGACAAGGCCUCCAAAGGCUUCUUCAGCUACCGGGCGGACAUUUUUGUCCAGAACUUGGUGCCUGACUGGCGGGGUCCAGAUGGCACCUUCUUCGGAAUGUUCUCCAUCUUCUUCCCCUCGGCCACAGGCAUCCUGGCAGGGGCCAACAUAUCCGGUGACCUCAAGGACCCUGCUGUAGCCAUCCCCAAGGGAACCCUCAUGGCCAUUUUCUGGACCACCAUUUCCUACCUGGCCAUCUCAGCCACCAUUGGCUCCUGCGUGGUUCGUGAUGCCUCUGGGGUCCUGAAUGACACAGUGACCCCUGGCUGGGGUGCCUGCGAGGGGCUGGCCUGCGGCUAUGGCUGGAACUUCACCGAGUGCACCCAGCAGCACAGCUGCCGCUACGGCCUCAUCAACUAUUACCAGACCAUGAGCAUGGUGUCAGGCUUUGCGCCCCUGAUCACGGCUGGCAUCUUCGGGGCCACCCUCUCCUCCGCCCUGGCCUGCCUUGUCUCUGCUGCCAAAGUCUUCCAGUGCCUUUGCGAGGACCAGCUGUACCCACUGAUCGGCUUCUUCGGCAAAGGCUACGGCAAGAACAAGGAGCCCGUGCGCGGCUACCUGCUGGCCUACGCCAUCGCCGUGGCCUUCAUCAUCAUCGCUGAGCUCAACACCAUAGCCCCCAUCAUUUCCAACUUCUUCCUCUGCUCCUAUGCCCUCAUCAACUUCAGCUGCUUCCACGCCUCCAUCACCAACUCGCCUGGGUGGAGACCUUCAUUCCAGUACUACAACAAGUGGGCGGCGCUGUUCGGGGCUAUCAUCUCUGUGGUCAUCAUGUUCCUCCUCACCUGGUGGGCGGCCCUCAUCGCCAUCGGUGUGGUGCUCUUCCUCCUGCUCUAUGUGAUCUACAAGAAGCCAGAGGUAAAUUGGGGCUCCUCGGUACAGGCCGGCUCCUACAACCUGGCCCUGAGCUACUCAGUGGGCCUCAAUGAGGUGGAAGACCACAUCAAGAACUACCGCCCCCAGUGCCUGGUGCUCACGGGGCCCCCCAACUUCCGCCCGGCCCUGGUGGACUUUGUGGGGACCUUCACCCGGAACCUCAGCCUGAUGAUCUGCGGCCACGUGCUCAUUGGACCGCACAAGCAGAGGAUGCCUGAGCUCCAGCUCAUCGCCAACGGGCACACCAAGUGGCUGAACAAGAGGAAGAUCAAGGCCUUCUACUCGGAUGUCAUUGCCGAGGACCUCCGCAAAGGCGUCCAGAUCCUCAUGCAGGCCACAGGUCUCGGGAGAAUGAAGCCCAACAUUCUGGUGGUCGGGUUCAAGAAGAACUGGCAGUCGGCCCACCCAGCCACAGUGGAAGACUACAUUGGCAUCCUCCACGAUGCCUUUGAUUUCAACUAUGGUGUGUGUGUCAUGAGGAUGCGGGAGGGACUCAAUGUGUCCAAGAUGAUGCAGGCACACAUUAACCCCGUGUUUGACCCAGCGGAGGACGGGAAGGAAGCCAGCACCAGAGGUGCCAGGCCAUCAGUCUCUGGCGCUUUGGACCCCAAGGCCCUGGUGCAGGAGGAGCAGGCCACCACUGUCUUCCAGUCGGAGCAAGGCAAGAAGACCAUCGACAUCUACUGGCUCUUUGACGACGGAGGCCUCACCCUCCUCAUUCCCUAUCUCCUUGGCCGCAAGAAGAGGUGGAGCAAAUGUAAGAUCCGUGUGUUCGUAGGCGGCCAGAUUAACAGAAUGGACCAGCAGAGAAAGGCGAUCAUUUCUCUGCUGAGCAAGUUCCGACUGGGAUUCCAUGAAGUCCACAUCCUCCCUGACAUCAACCAGAACCCUCGGGCUGAGCACACCAAGAGGUUUGAGGACAUGAUUGCACCCUUCCGUCUGAAUGAUGGCUUCAAGGAUGAGGCCACUGUCAACGAGAUGCGGCGGGACUGCCCCUGGAAGAUCUCAGAUGAGGAGAUGAGGAAGAACAGAGUCAAGUCCCUUCGGCAGGUGAGGCUGAAUGAGAUUCUGCUGGAUUACUCCCGAGACGCUGCUCUCAUCGUCAUCACUUUGCCCAUAGGGAGGAAGGGGGAGUGCCCCAGCUCUCUGUACAUGGCGUGGCUGGAGACCCUGUCCCAGGACCUCAGACCUCCAGUCAUCCUGAUCCGAGGAAACCAGGAAAACGUGCUCACCUUUUACUGCCAGUAACUCCAGGCUUGGCCAUCCCUGUCCACGGCUCUGGGUGCAUGGGAUGAGCUGGAACUCGGCUGCCUCCAGUCCACAGGGAUGAGACUCAUGUUGUGUUGCCCUUUAAGUGGCAGCAUCUGAUGAUCUCACCGAAAAAGAUGGUAGAUUUCCAAAUCUGGCUGCACUCCACUUCCUGGGACACAUUCUCUGGGUCUUGAUUUUAUGGGCGAGAGAAACAGCAGAUGGAGCUGCAAGGAAAACUCUCUAAAGGAUCCUAUUCCUUUUAAACACUUUCUUUUGAUUUUGAUGACCAUUAAUUAAGAGUUCAGUCUUUGAUUUGUAUGUAAAUUGGAGUCUAAAUGCUGGGUGUGAAUCUUGACAGUUUCUACAGAGCUUCCUGGGUGAAAGUUCCUAAACCAUGCGCUGCUUCCUCCAGUAGGAGAAUGGCAGCCCCACCUGUAGGACCUACAGGUUCUCUAAGGAAUGCAGAGCUCUCUCUGAGCCUCCACAGCCAGGCCUUUUUUUUUUUUUUUUUUUGAGAUGGAGUUUUUUUUC